AUGACGACCUUUGCUUUGAGUACCGAUCUCGGGCAGCUGGAUGAGCUCCUUGCCGCCAUUGUCCUUCUCGCGUGGUUCGAAGUCAUCCAGGAUCAUGAUGGCAAGGGUGUCGGCUUUCCGCAACACGCUGCAAACGCCAUUGUGACGACCAAGGACUAUUCGUGGAAUAUAUAUUCACGGCACCUACUCUCGUGGCUCAAGACGCUCGACACCAAGGCUACCCACAUGGGCGGCGGGACCCAUCUUCUGUCACCCGAAGCACUGCAAGUCGUCUCUACGUAUCCCACGCAGAUCAUCACCUCCAAGAAAGAAGCCGCGGACGAUCACGACGGGGAGCUGGAACUGGCGGCCCUGAGCUCAUCUGUGACCAACAGCGCUGGAAUGGCUUCGGCGCUUCGCAGUGGGCAUACAGAGGUUCCAGCUGCUCCCAUCGGCCAUGCGAAGCUGGUUCUGCUGCACGCCAUAUUCCAACCCACUCUGGAAUGGUACUCGGCCACGCAGUUAUGUUGCCGCAAGAUUGGCUCUCAGGAUAAGCACCACCGAUCACGCUUCACGCCCGAGGACGAAUACGAGGUGAUUAUCAAGUGCAAGGAGCUCGAAGGGGAACUCUGGCGGCUGUGGGAGCAGCGGCCCGAAGUAAUGUCGCUGCCACUAGACCAGCUGAUGAUCCUGCUCCCAUCAGAUAUGGCGAACCGGAUGCACGAGGUCUUCAGCUUGUUCCUUGCCAGUUUCUGGAUCCUUUUUGUGUACCUGCACCGCGUGUGUUGGUGGAGUCUGGCUCAUUCAGCCACGGUUCGGACCGCGCUGGGGGAGGUCUGGAAGCAUCUGCAGAGCGCGUAUGGUGAGUGGACGAUGGGUAACGAGAGUGAGAAGAAGAAGGUUGUUCACCCUGCGUUGCUAUGGCCAGUGUUCCUCUUUGGAGCAGAGUGUGUGGAAGAAGAGCGCCAAAACUGGGCAGUUGAUCAGCUGCAAGCCCUGGCGCAGGCCAGGCCGGUGUUGCAACUGCACGACGACGAGGACGAAGAGAUUCUGCCGCCGUUCCGCAUGGGGUUUGGAGCGACGAGAAAUGCGAAGCGAGCUGCUGUCUUGUUAAGAGAACUGGUCGAGCAGCAGGCGAAUUUGGGGGCUCGGGUGGACGACCGAGACCUGUCUAUGAAACUGUUUGGUUGCUACUUCAGCUUUGUUUAG